UACAUAUGUUGGCUAGCAAUAUAAAAAAGUGCCAUGCCAAUUGGCAAGUACAAUGCUAUGCAAUGGUGUUCUAUACAAAUCUGAAAUCGAUGUUUGUGGAAAUACUCUUUAUUUUUUUAUUGCUAAUCUCAUUUUCAAUAUGUCCUCAGAGAGCUCUAUCAAAUAGGUUUGAUCCAUCUCCAUUAUCCACCAACUUCCUCUUUGGUACUGCUUCUUCUGCUUAUCAGUAUGAAGGUGCUUACUUGAGUGAUGGAAAAGGACUAAGUGAUUGGGAUGUCGUAACACACAAAACACCAGAUAAAAUAAAGGAUGGAACUAAUGGAGAUAUUGCCGUUGACCAAUAUCAUCGCUAUCUGGAGGAUAUUGAUCUAAUGGAAGCCAUGAAAGUAAACAGCUACAGAUUCUCAAUUUCAUGGGCAAGAGUUCUACCAAAAGGAAGAUUUGGAGAAGUCAAUUCUGGUGGCAUCAGCUAUUACAAUCGGCUAAUAGAUGCUUUGCUUCUCAAAGGAAUUGAACCAUUUGUGACACUGUCACAUUUCGAUUUACCUCAAGAACUUGGAGACAGAUACGAAGGUUGGCUAAGUCCAGAGUCACAGGAAGAUUUCGUAUAUCUAGCAGACCUUUGUUUCAAAUCAUUUGGUGACAGGGUAAAAUACUGGGCAACCUUCAAUGAGCCAGAUUAUCUGAUCACAUACGGCUACCGCAAAGGAAUAGCUCCGCCAUUUCGUUGCUCUAAACCAUUUGGAAAUUGUAGUGAAGGAGAUUCAGAGAAGGAGCCAUAUCUGGCGGUUCACAAUAUAAUCCUAUCUCAUGCAGCUGCAGCAUAUAUUUAUAGAACUAAAUACCAGGCCGAGCAAGGUGGUAAAAUUGGCAUUGUCUUGCAUUUUGACUGGUAUGAACCCAUCAGCAAUUCCAUGGCAGACAAGCUGGCCACAGAAAGAGCAAGAUCAUUCACCAAUAAUUGGCUCUUGGACCCAAUCAUAUUUGGUGAAUACCCUCCAGUUAUGCAGAAGAUUCUAGGAGAUAUAUUACCCAAAUUUUCCAACAAUAAUAAAGAGAAACUGAAGAGUGGAUUGGAUUUUAUUGGCAUCAAUCAUUAUGCAAGCUACUAUAUCAAGGACUGCAUCUACUCCAAAUGUGAACCGGGGCCAGGGAUCACCAGAACAGAGGGUUUAUUCCAACAAAGUGCAGAAAAAGAUGGCGUUCCAAUUGGCAAACCUACUUCAAUUGAUUGGCAAUAUGUUUAUCCACAAGGCAUGGAGAAAAUUGUCACCUAUGUAAAAACCAGAUACAAUAACACUCCAAUGUUCAUAACUGAAAACGGUUAUGGGGAGUUGGACAACCCAAAUAACACUGAGGAGCAAUACCUUAAUGAUUUUGACAGAAAAAACUACAUGGCUGGUCAUUUGCUUUCCCUACUAGAAGCCAUAAGGAAAGGAGCUGAUGUUAGGGGGUACUUUGCAUGGUCCUUGCUCGACAACUUCGAGUGGUUACAAGGAUAUACAGUAAGAUUUGGACUCCACCAUGUUGAUUAUGCAACACUCAAGAGAACUCCAAGAUUAUCAGCAAAUUGGUACAAGGAAUUCAUAGCAAAACAUAAAACAGAAGUCUUCCGCCAAGAAAAAUGAUAAAAGGAAAACAGGUGCAAACAAUUUGGUACAAAUAAACGAAAUAAAUGCCAGGUCCUAAUCAGCUAAGCUUUCAAUAGUUUGGCACGUUUGAUUUGUGCUUCUAUAUUCAAUGAAAAUGUUGUUCCAUUCUUCAUAAAGAUUUGUUUAAUUCUGCAAUUUAAAGCUCUGGCUUACAUGUUAAGGGUUGAUUUGAAAAGAAAUGAAGUUCAAGUUUCACCAGUCUACUAGAAUAAAUUUCGAUCUAGAACCCCUCCUGCAGUGCUGCAUGUAUGUAUUAUUAUAAGAAUUGAAAUCAUUUCAUCUGAUGUUUAUUCAUACUUAUGGUUGAUAUAAGAUUGUCAUAACAUCACCAAACUAUAGAGGAAGAGACUCGAGAACCUGGUAGAUCAAAGUUUUUGAUGAAUUUCAACAUUAAGACAAUAACUUUCAUAA